AUCACUUUUUAAUGUUUUUUUUUUAAUGGGGGUGGUAAUUAGGUAUAUUUACUUGCUUAUUUAAACAGAGGUUCUGGGAAUUGAACCCAGGACCUUGUGCAUGCUAAGCAUGGACUCUGCCGCUAAGCUGUGCCCUCCCUGCACCUGAUCACUCUUUGAAUUCAGCUGCCUCGUUCCCUCAAAAUGAGCUAUGAUUUUGUAGAUUAUCUUCCCUUUCUCUGUUUUUAGGAUGCGAGCUGUAUUGUUGCAUAGUUUGCUACACCUAAAACAGAAGCAGAACUCUGAAUAAGCAUUUAGAAGCUGACGCCACGGGUUUUUCAUCUCUUUCUAUAGAUCAUCCUGCUCCAUCUUCUUCAUGGAAAUUCGUUGCAGUGUUUCUGUGGAUCAUCUGCCUGGGGCUUCUUUUUUCUACUGGAUACUUAGCCAUUGAGAUGAAUAAGAAGCCAUUUCAACCAGAAGGAUGUCCAGGAAAUAUCUCCUCCAACAAGGAAGCAAAUAAAUCAGUUUGCAAAUAUCCUACUUGUCCCAACAACUGGCACCAGUAUGGAGAAAACUGCUACCAUUUCUCAAGAGCUCUGCUUCUUUGGAAAGAAUGUCACCGUCAUUGCAUCCUUUUAGAGUCAAGAUUUGUUAAAUUGAAUAUUGAAGAAGAGCUGAAUUUCAUAAUAAAACUGUCAAAGAUGCAAUGUGGUCUGCAGAAAGAUAACUUUUUCACCAGUUUAUACUACAACAACCAACAACUGAAAUGGGUUUGGCUAGAUGGCACAGAUCUUACCCUGGACAACCAAGACAGAGAGCCCGUGGCUGGAGAAAGAGAAACGGAAAAGCCUUUAGUGGUCACAUGGACUACAGUGACAAUCCUGGAGAUGUGA